AUGAGUUUGAUUGUGGAAAAUAGCAUGAAGUAUACUGGGAACAGACACACUUUUGAAAUUGAUAAGCCCAAAUUGAGAACUUUUCUGGCCAUUUUAUGUUUUACUGGAUAUCAUGAACUGCCUUCCGAACGUGCCUAUUGGAGUUUGGAUGAAGAUCUCGGCGUUCCAUUGAUCGCCAAUUGCAUGUCACGCAAUAGGUUUUCGGACAUCAAACGAAACUUACAUUUCGUCGACAAUUCCCUAGCGGAAGGUUCAAAUGAUAAAAUGUUCAAAAUGAGACCGCUGUGCGAUCUUAUACAAAAAAAAAGCUCUUGCCAGUGGGGAGUGUUUCACGAAAACUUAUCUAUAGAUGAAUCUAUGAUAAUAUACUUUGGUCGUCAUCCCGCCAAGCAAUACAUAAUGGAAAAACCUGUACGAUUUGGCUACCGGAAUUGGGCUGCAACAAGUUCAGAUGGCUACUGCUACACUUUCGACAUAUAUUGCGGAAAAUCUACAGAAGUGUCGAUAGACCCACUGGGCUCGAAAGUGGUAAAAUCCCUAUUAGCAAAGAUGCCGAUAGUCCCAAAAGAACAUGUCGUAUACUUUGAUAAUUUUUUUACCAAUUAUCAGUUACUCCACGACUUGCGACUCUUAGGGUACAGAGCCACAGGAACAAUACGAGAAAAUAGAACAAAAAGUUGUCCUGUGGCUGAUGUAAAAACAAUGAAAAAGAAACCAAGGGCGGAUUACGACUAUCGUUUCGAUACCAAAAAUGAAAUAACAAUCGUGCGGUGGAAAGAUAACAACGUGGUCACGAUGGGAUCAAAUUUUGACGCUGUAGAACCACUGGAGAAGGUGAAAAGGUGGUGUAGUAUACAGAAACAAAAAGUGGAUGUAUAUAUUCCAAGAUUGUUCAAUUAUAACAGAGGCAUGGGUGGAGUAGAUCAGAUGGAUCAAUCGAUUGGUCUCUAUCGAGUAGCCAUAAAAGGAAAAAAAUGGUGGUGGGUAAUCUUUACCUACCAUUUAGAUAUGGCGAUUUCAAAUGCUUGGCGUCUGCAUGUCUUGAUCAGCAAAACUACUGACACGCCCUACAUGGAUCAAUUGCUAUUCCGGCGUACGAUUGUUAGAGCAUACCUUCGCCAAACUAAGACGAAAAGUCGUCCUACGCUUCUCAACAAUAUCUGGCCUUGUGCAGAAAAAUAA